AUGCUCAAGCUCAUCCUUAGCUUACUCAGUCCGGCCGCCGCUGUGAGGCUAGUCACUACCACGUCACUGCCGGCCGUCUCCCCGGAGCGUGCCAUUCGCUUCCUCUCGACUCCAUCAAACUGGCCGAUUAUCGUGCUCUCCUCGUGGGCGGUACGCGGCACUGACAUCGACCGGCCGCUUGCGCCCGGAGAGGCGGUCGACGAAAUAUUCGGCUUGCCGCCGCUGCUGCCGCUCGAGGUGUCUUGGACCUGCACGUCCAUCGGCGAGUCCACCGCGGUGUUUGACUCUCCCUCUGGCCUCGCGGGCGUCGCAGAGAACUGCCAGAUGGACUUUGUGGCGGAGAAGGACGGCGCCGGAGGCUCACUGCUGCGGUUCGCUAUGUCGUAUGAACCUCUCAGCCCGCUCGCAAAUGCCGCGCGGCCGGCGUCUCCGCGCCUGGACUUUCAUGCGCCCGAGCUGGUUGAUUCGGCGACGCUCGCAUUCGCCUGGGCGGCCGCAACCUGGUGCGUGGCGUGGCCACACUACAGGAAAUGGGAAGAGAAGCCGCUGGAUGGCAGAUCCCAUCUCGGUGUGAGCUCAAAAAAAUAG